UGCAAAAGUUGUCUAAUAUGCGAGGGGAACACGAACAGCUGCGUCUUGCUUCGCCCCGCGCAUGCGCACUCCCAGUCAUCGCCUGAGAAGCAGACAUGGCGACGUCCCUGAUCUGCGGCCGUUUGACGGCUAGCCUGAGGAAUUCGGGGCCCAGAGGCGCCAUUAGCUCCGCUUCCAAGGUUCUGGCGGGUUCUCCGGGCCUGUUUGGAGGCCAUGCGUCGUCAUCUCCACCGCUGCAACAGCAGCAGCAGAGGAGCCUGUCUCUGCACGAGUACAUGAGCAUCAGACUGCUGAAGGAUGCCGGCAUCUCCGUUCCCGCCGGCAUGGUGGCCAGCUCUUCAGAUGAGGCUUACACUGUUGCUAAGCAGAUCGGAUCCAAGGAUCUGGUGGUAAAAGCUCAGGUUCUGGCGGGGGGCCGAGGGAAAGGGACGUUCGAGGGCGGGCUGAAGGGAGGCGUCAGGAUCGUCUACUCGCCUGAGGAGGCGCGGGACAUUUCCUCGCAGAUGAUCGGUCGCAAGCUGUACACCAAGCAGACGGGCGAGGCGGGUCGCAUAUGUAACCAGGUGUUCAUCUGUGAGAGACGUUACCCACGCAGGGAGUACUACUUUGCGAUCACAAUGGAGAGGUCCUUCCAGGGUCCCGUGUUGAUCGGUAGCUCGCAGGGGGGAGUCAACAUCGAGGACGUGGCGGCGGAGAAUCCCGAUGCCAUUGUCAAGGAGCCCAUUGACAUUGUCGAGGGCAUUAAGAUGGAGCAAGCACUGAAGGUGGCACAGAAGAUGGGCUUCCCGCAGCCACUGCAGAAGGAGGCGGCAGAGAACAUGAUCAAGCUGUAUAACGUCUUCAUCAAGUACGACGCCUCCAUGUUGGAGAUCAAUCCCAUGGUGGAGGACUCCUCUGGGAUUGUGAUGUGCAUGGAUGCCAAGAUCAAUUUUGACUCCAAUGCUGCCUACCGCCAGAAGGAGGUUUUCGACCUGCAAGACUGGACCCAGGAGGAUCCCCGAGACCGUCAGGCGGCCAAGGCUGACCUCAAUUACAUCGGUCUGGACGGAACCAUUGGAUGCCUGGUGAAUGGCGCGGGCCUGGCUAUGGCCACCAUGGAUAUCAUCAAGCUGCAUGGAGGUACGCCCGCCAACUUCCUGGACGUGGGCGGCGGGGCCACCGCCCACCAAGUCACCGAAGCCUUCAAGCUCAUCACAUCAGACAGGAAGGUUCAGGCAAUCUUGGUCAACAUCUUCGGAGGCAUCAUGAGAUGCGAUGUCAUUGCUCAGGGCAUCAUCAUGGCUGUUCGAGACCUGGACCUCAAAAUUCCCAUUGUCGUGCGACUCCAAGGUACACGUGUGGACGACGCCAAAGCUCUGAUCGCUGCCAGCCCGCUGAAAAUUCUGGCCUGCGACGACCUGGAUGAAGCGGCCAAAAUGGUGGUAAGGCUUUCGGAAAUUGUCUCACUGGCGAAAGAAGCGCAAGUGGACAUCACCUUUCAACUUCCUAUCUGAUCUCCUUCCCCUCCCCGACUGCAAGCACUUCCUGUUUGACAUCGCCAGGACACUCCCCACCCAGAAGUAGACCCGCGUCCUUCCUCUGUGGCCUGAUGGUGGUGCUAUUACACUUUUGCUAGCUUCUUUAGUUUCUUUUCCUCUCAACGGAUUUAAAUACUUUAAUGUGCACAAGUACACACUCCACACGCUACAUACACACUCCACAUGCACUCUUGUGUUGGUCCCUACACACAGUCUCACACACCUGCAUAUGCACACAAACUACACAAAAUCCUUACUACACUCACACACACACACACACACACAGACAAUCCUUACUACAUGGUGGCUGCUUAUUUUUGUGAUUUCCAAUGGAGAUGAAUUGUCAUGGAAGCCAUUUCGAGCGUAAAAUACAUCAGGAAAUGAUUGUCAUAAAGCAAAACUGUCCCCCGAAUGGCAACCCCUACGAGCGAAUGUGGCGGAGCGAUAACGCCUCUACCGGUAAGCGACUCAAUUUCCUCCCGGAUAACAUGACUGAUAAACAACACAGCGGCGGUGAGUUUCAGGCAGAAGAUUGCAAGGUUCCGUAUACCCCCCCAAAACACUCCCAGGUUGCCCCCGCCUUUAGCAGCCGUUUUAUGUCGUAAUGAUUGAGUGCAGUAUCACUAUCAAAUCAAAUAGGAUAUCAACACAAUUGUGAAAAUGAUAUUUGGAGUAUGAUAAAGUAUCGUCAUGACGCAAUGUCACUAUUUGAACAUUAACAUCAUACUCUCACGAUAUGAAAUUUAUCGUAGUACCGUGAUUGGCCACUCAUCUGGUUGUUUGGACAAUGCUAGUGAUACUUUCACAAUACAAUAUGAUAUUUUACCAGCGUUAGGCACAACAGGAAAUAUUGAUAUAACAUUAACAAUUAGUAUCGCAUUAUUAUAGCUAUUUUAAUACCUUCACUAUAUUUGAUAACAGUAGUAAUCGCAAUUGUCUUUAUCCAAAUAUUGUAUCAAGAUACAGUGUCUGGAUAUUUGGCAAAGUCAAGCAAUACUACCCAAUAUUUCUCUAAUGAUAAAGACAGUAUCAUGAUAAAAUAUCUCAAACUUUAGACAAUGAUGUUGAUGCUAUCAUAAGCCAAUAUUUGACCAACAAUAAAGUAUCACAAAAAGAUAUCACUCUAUUAUGGCAACUUUAGUAAUUGAUACCCUAAUAUUUGGACAAAGGUAGCAAAACCAACGUGGUUCAACAAUAUUUGGCAAAUAUUUUAUACUCGCCAGGAAAUGUUGAUACUUAUACAGUGUUAGUUAUACACUCACAAUUUUCAAUCACAAUGGUAUCAUAUUGCAGUGUAUAGUCAGCAAAGCAAUAUCACAAUAUUUAAAAGUUAGUAAUAUGUUGAUACCUUAUCUCUGACUAAAUAUUGUAUCACGAUUUGAUGUCUCAGUAUUUGGUGAAUAUAAUCAAUGCUAUCGUAUUUUAGAGUCAGUAUUUGGCCUCCAUUGGCAGUUAGUACCACAAUAUUCAGGCAAAAGUGAUUGGUGAAAAAACUGCCACAUACAAUAUCUCAAUAAUUGGCCAAUAAUAGCAGGAAUACUCAUAUCUAGUUUUAUUUAUAUGCUUUGAUAGUGGUACUGUCAUGUAGAGGAAUUAUCACGAUGAAAAAAACAGUAUAUGAUGCCAGUGUAAUGAUACUGUACCACGACAGAUAGCGAUACAAUGAAUUGUGACUGAGAUAAUGAAACCAUUAAUAUCGAGAGAUGAGGAUACAAUCCAUCGAAACUUGACACCGCUGUACCAAUACGGAAUCACAAGAGAUCGUGAUACGGUGUGACAUCGAUACAUGAUGGCCCCGUAUUGGAAAAGGUACCUCGUGGUAUUCCCAAUUUAGCUCAGUCCUAAAAAGUACCCAUUUGUUGUGUUUCCACCCACACACACACACACACAUUUUUUUUUUCCCCUUCCACGUGUUAGCUGCUAUCGACACUGAUCUCAUCCUGGUGAAUUAUUCACCGCUGCUGUAAUAGAUUUUUUUUUUUUUUUUUUUUUUUUUAAAUUAUGAAGAAGCAGCCGAUUCAGCUUCAGCUCCCCCGGGGGCCUGAGGGAGUCUAAAUGUGGAGUCGUCACAGUAAAUCACCUCGUGGGAUUUAAAAUUAAAAAUGUCCUUUUGAUUCAAAGGCGUUAUUACGUGGGAGGCUAAAAUGUCGCAUGGCAGCUUUCUCUUUGUCUCUGUUACUUUUUUCCUCACGUUACAAGCCAACACUGAAUUUGAUCCUCUUUGGGUGAUAUUUAUUUGCUUCGACGUGACAACAGUAAUCUACAUUGCUAUAUUUGGACAACCACUAUAGAGCUGGGAUAGGCUCCAGCACUCUCGCGACCCUCGUGAGGAUAAGUGGCAAAGAAGAUGGAUGGAUGGAUGGAUCAACAUAUUUGCACAAAGGUCGCAAAACUAUCUCAAAACAAUAUUGUGAUGUUUGGUUAGCAAUUGAGUAUCACACUGUUUGGGCAAUGGUGAUAUUUACCUCAUAAACCCUGAAUCACAUUACGAUAUUUUGCCAAUGAUAAAGACAAUAUGGCGACACAAUUUUGGGCCUAGUUGCGCAUGGUGUCGGUCUGAUGCUUGGCAAUGGAUGGACUCUGUAUCGUGAUAUGACAUUGCUGUAUUUGGUAAUUUUUGUAUCGCAAUACGGUGGAAGACUGGUUAGCACAUCUGCUUCACAGUUCUUCAGAGUUUCUCCGAGUACUCCCGUUUCCUCCCACUUCCUAAAAACCAGCAGAGUUGGUUAAUUGAAGACUCUAAAUUGCCCAUAGGUGUGUAUCUGAGUGUGAACGGUUGGUUGUUUCUACGUGCCCUGCGAUUGGUCAGCGACUUAGUUCAGGGUGUACCCCGACUUGCCCGAAAAUAGCUUGCGUAGGCUGUAGCGUGGCCGCGACCUUAGUGUGGAUAAGCAGUACGGAAAAUAUAUGGAUGUAUUACAAUAGGAUAUUGUUGCUGGUGAUAUUAUCGCGACAUGAUAUGAUAUCUCACAAUAUUCAGACACCUAAAAGUGUACCAUUUUGCAAUAUUCGAUUAUAAUAAUGGAUAAUACAUAAGUGGAAUAUUUAGCGAAUGAGAGCGAUAUGAUGUGAAAUCAUGGUAAUAUUCUGUGCAAUAUCCUGAUAUUUGUUAAAAUGUAGCUAUCACUAUAAUAUUGGCGUAUUUUUCAACCAUUGUAUCACCUGAAUCGCAAUUUGUAUUUUGAUAUGGUAUUACAGUAUUUGUUGACAAGUUUCCUUUACCGAAUGGUUGGAUUUGAGCCAAGAUAGUGAAACUAUCAGGACACUAAAUCACAAUUUUGACAAUAGUAUCACAAUAUGGUCCCGCAAUAUUUUGGCUAACGAUAGUGACAGUAUUGCAAUACAAUGUCACUGAAUUUGCCAAUGAUAUCAUAGUGGUGUUGUGAUAGACAGAAAUAUAGAGAAAAAAAACUCUUUUUGAAGCAUAAGUGUUGACGACAAUCGCCUGUCAACACUGUACCAUGAGGGAUAUCAUAUCAUCUGUGCCAAUAACAAUACUGUACUGAGACUGACAAAACACACUUUGUGAGCGCUCGCUAUGCACCCCCAUCCAGCAUAUGUUCCAGCGCCAUCAUGCCACAUGGGAAGUGAACCACCCUCAACAACCCUUUUGUGUUCUUGUUUGUUCUUGUGACACAAGCGUUGUAAAUAACCAAAGUUGAUGCUCUGCCUCUGUAAAAUAUUUCUGCUUCUUUAUUCAUUAAAGACAAGAAGAAUAG